UUGGGGUUCAAGGUCAUUUCGAUAGCACUUUUUGGAAUUCUUCCGUCGUGCUGAUCGUAAAAAGAAGGAGUCGCCGAGUCGGGUGGAAUUUUCAACCGUUCGGCCCCUUCACAAAACAAACGCCAAAAUGGGACUUUGUUGGGCCUCCGGUUGGGGAUUCUCCUUUUGCGGGCCAAUCCUCCCCCCGCCUUUACCCUCCGCCCUGCUUGCCUUUUGAUGAGCUACCAGAUAUUGGACUCUUUCAAACUUGCCAUGUGGAUUAUUUGUUCGAUGGUAAGCGAUAAAAGACAAAGGAGAUCAAUGAUUUGGCUUUUUGCCAUUGGAAUCAUUACGGCUCCAUCCGGAAAGCAAAUCAGCUAGUCACAUGACACAGAUUGAAGAUUGCAAGUGUUGGGAACCCAUACAUGUGUGUGUGUGUGUGUGAAAAAAACGAAGCGAAUUCCCAUCCUCUUCAAGACCUUGCUUCCUCAAGGUGGACCUGACCACGCCGUCCGAUUGCGAGGAUACACCUGCUGCUGCGAUAGCAAACGUAGAGACCGUACCCACUGUUGUUGAAGGCCAAAGAAGAAAAGAUAUGCGAAGGGUUAAAAUCUUUACGGGGUCGUCCCAUCCUGAGCUGUCCGCGCUUAUCAUAGAUCGACUAGGCAUUCCUGCAGCACCGGCAACCAUGAAACGAUUUUCAAACGCAGAAACAGCCGUGGAGAUUGGCGUCUCGGUGCGAAAUGAAGACGUUUAUAUUAUUCAGUCGGGUUCGAUGGCUAUCAAUGAUCAUCUGAUGGAAUUGUUGAUUAUGAUCAAUGCUUGCAAGAUUGCUAGUGCGAGGAGGAUCACUGCUGUAUUACCAUAUUUUCCUUACAAUAAGCAGUCAAAGAAGAAGAAGGCAAGAGGCGCCAUCACUGCAAAACUUGUGGCAAACAUGCUUGCAACCGCAGGAGUCGACCAUAUCAUUACAAUGGACCUCCACUCGUCACAAAUUCAAGGCUUCUUCAAAAGCCCCGUAGACAAUCUAGUUGCCGAGCCCUGCAUUGCAAGAUACAUUCGCGAGAGAUUUCCAAAUUACCAAAAUGGUGUAGUCAUUUCCAAGAAUGCCGGCGGAGCCAAAAGAGUAACGUCAUUAGCAGACAAACUUGGAAUAGACUUUGCACUGAUUCACCGGGAGCGGUAUCACAUUAACCAACCGGCUCAUAGUAAGGAUGACGGACUGGAAGGCAUCGAAACCCGAUUAACCCUCGUUGGAGACGUCAAGGAUAAAAUUUGUUUCAUGCUGGACGAUAUUAUUGAUGGAACACAUUCGUUCUUGGACUCUUCAGAGCACUUGAAGCGGUGUGGUGCCUAUAAAGUUUAUAUCAUUGCAACCCAUGGUAUCCUCUCAGGAAAUGCGGUCCAAGAAAUCGAAGAGUGCGAAGCAGUAGAUGAGGUCAUUGUCACAAACACGUAUCCAUUUCCGGACUGGAAACAAGCAGCAUCCAAGAAGCUCCACUUUAUCGAUAUCAGCGGCGUCUUGGCCGAAGCGAUCCGACGGACUCACAAUGGGGAGUCCAUAUCAUAUCUCUUCCACACUGCGAUCUGAAAUUGUACAUAGUGCAUAUGAUCCUGCAUAGUUCCGGUGUCUGGCUCCCAUUGCAAUAUUACACAUAUUAAACAGA